AGUCUCAUUAAGAAUUUGAAAAACGUGUCAGUGCUUUUUGCAGUUUAGAUUUGAAGAGAGCUGACGGAAUAUUAUAAGACGGGCAUUGCUCAUUUCGACACAGUAUGGUACGCCUGACAUCUACAAUAGUUCUGCUAGCGGAAACGAUUUUGCAUAGUUUGGCAUAUGUUCCGGACUCUAACAUGGAUUGCCAGUGCACUUGUUCACCUUUUAACAGUCCUCCAACAAAUUUUCUUCCUGGUGAGGAUUUAAAGACUUCAGUUGAACCAACGACUCAGAGUGUACCUGAGGAAGAAACACAGAAUGUUCCUUUGGAGUUACGAGACUCGACUCUCAAAGACACACAGUCUCCGGAGCCAAAAAGUUACAUAAACAAAACAAACAAAGAUACAGAAUCAAAUAUGAACACAAAGGAAACAUUGGAACCACAUAUAAUGACAUACUCCACAAGACCUGUGCUAUACGGCACUAUGUCCCCGACGUCUGCGAUUGUUCAACCAAACUCUCCCAUCCAGUUAAAAGUGACGUCAUCUGCCUUCCGAACAAAACCGAGGAGAACAACAAGACCCCCGGCAAUCCCCAAACGAAACAAAAACAUAAAAUGGAUGAUCGAUCCCCCUACACUGAUGAGUGAAACGAACAAGUCAAGGGCAAUAACUCUCGAUGAUAUCAUUUUUGGUAAAGUACCCUAUAACAUGAGUUCUAGUAGAAUAUAAGGAAACAGCUUGAGGGGAAUGAAAAAAAAAAUCCAGAAAGUAGGACGAAAACUUCUAAUAGGCUGUCGCUGUUGAAUUUAAAUGAAAGUUAGCUAUCGCCCAAAUCAUUGCACUGACAUACAUGUAUGAGUGGCGGAUGCUUGCUGUAUAUGACUUUAUUUGAAUUCCUUGUUGAUUUAAGUUCAUAAAUCAUAAUGCUAUACGUGAUUGUAUAUAUGAUGAUACAUUUUACAAAUGUAAACAAUACUUGUGAUAUAAACAACCUUUUAAUUAUAAUAUCCUUUUUUCUAUAAUGUUGACAAAAUCACUUUGUUUUGUGGGAGUUUUCAUUCUAAAAUCUGUUUUAACUAUACGUAACUUCUU